AUGGCGGCGGGUAAGACUGGAGCAGAAGCCAAUGGUUCGAAAGAUGCUUCUGGAUUAGGGGAAGAAGGAGCGGGUGACGAAGCUAUGGAGGAGGAGGAGACUUCGACGGUCGACGCGAGGAGCGUGUACAUUGGAAAUGUCGACUACGGAGCUACGCCUGAAGAAAUACAAGCUCAUUUUCAAGCUUGUGGAACCAUCAAUCGGGUCACUAUUCUCUGCGAUAAAUUUACUGGACAUCCAAAAGGUUACGCCUAUGUCGAAUUUGCAGAACCGUCUUUUGUCCAGAAUGCGCUGGUCUUGGAUCAAAGCAUGUUCAGAGGGAGAUUAUUAUCUGUCAAAGAGAAACGGACAAACGUCCCCGGCAUGAACAUGACAAACUCCCGCGGACGUGGUCGUGGUCGUGGUAGAGGAGGAAGGGGGUAUCAUCCGUAUCGGUCGAGAGGUCGGGGUCGGGGUAGAGGAUGGUAG